AUGGCGGGGAGAGGGCGGCAGCUCCUGGGCGACGCGAUGAGGAAGCUGGACGAAUCUCUCGUCUCGCUUGGAUUUGAGCGGAGCCCGCUCGAGCACGCUGUGUACAAGAGGAGCAGCGGCAAGGCGACUCUCAUCGUCGGCGUCUACGUCGACGACCUGAUCAUCACGGGCACCUGCGAGGAGGAGAUCGCAGCGUUCAAGGAACAGAUGCAUCAUCUGUUUGACAUGAGCGAUCUCGGCCUGCUGAGCUACUACCUUGGGCUGGAAGUGAAGCAGGAGGCACGAGAGAUCACCAUCUGCCAAAGCUCCUAUGCCCUGAAGAUUUUGGAGGCGGCCGGCAUGGCUGGCUGCAAAGCCUGCCACACGCCGAUGGAACCACGACUGAAGCUGUGCAAAGGGAGCCCUGGUGACGCCAUCGACGCCACGCGUUUUCGAAGCAUCGUCGGGAGCCUUCGGUAUCUCUGCAACACCAGGCCUGACAUCACGCACGCCGUUGGCAUGGUGAGCAGGUACAUGGAGGCUCCUACGACGGCACACUGGGCUGCGGUGAAACAAGUGCUGCGCUACAUCAGCGGAACGACGGGAUAUGGAUGCUGCUAUCUGAAGGGGAAGACACCGGAUCCUGUUCUAAUAGGGUUCAGUGAUAGCGAUCACGCAGGUGACCUCGACGAUCGCAAGAGCACGACUGGAUACGUCUUCUUCCUCAACUCAGGCAUCAUCACGUGGACGUCGCAGAAGCAGAAGGUUGUCGCCCUUUCGUCCUGUGAGGCGGAGUACAUUGCGGCGGCGACGGCGGCGUGUCAAGGUGUGUGGUUGAGUCGACUUCUUGGGGAGCUGAUCGGCAAACCCCUCCGGCAACGGUGA